AUGAAUGAUGCCCAGCCUGAAAGGCGUCUGCCACACGACAGACAAGCCAGCACACAGACUGCCAAUUAUGCCAACGUCUUCGAACGCAGACCGAGAACUCUUUUGAUGCCUUCUGGUAGUCACCAUCCAAGAAUCCCCUUCAAUUGCUUGGCCAAGGGAAAUGAAGACGUCGAGAUAUGCUUUUGUCCGAGCACCAUCAGGGAUCUUAUCCGAGGAGUCGAAGUAUAG